UUCAAAACUAAAAGAAAGUGACAUAUAUUUAUUUUUAAAAAAAAAUCAAAAAACAUUGUUGGCUCUUGGUGGUGUCCAUCGGAUUUUCAUUUUACAUUUUUAAAUUACAAAACAAAGUCAUGUUAUUGAGGCUUAAAACAUAUUUUCCUCGAUUCCACUACACGUAAAAGGUACAGAAUACACAAACAUGGAAGUUACAAGUGGUGCUGAGGAGGGUUUCGUCCGAGAGUGGACACCGUGUUCUCAUAUAUUGAACUUGAUUCCUCCUCGAAUUCAAACUGGUUUGUUUUCUAAUGAACUGUGCUUGACUUGUGUGGAUGCUGUGAGCGAGUAUAUAGCCCUUGGAACGAACGUGGGGCUUGUGUACUGGUACGACAGGAAGAAGGGGAACAUACAACGGUUACGAUGCGAAGCUACAACUUCACCCAUAACCUAUGUGAAAAUUGUAAGUACAGUGGACUACAUGGUGGGUGCAGGCAAUGCUGCAGGACAGGUCACUGUGUUCCAGAUCCCCAAGGAGCAUCCCGAGAAUUUGCCUGACACCUUCAAACCCAAGGUUGAACCUAAGGUGGAAAGGUACACCAUAGGCGAUCUGCACAAGAGCAAGAUUACUGCUAUAGAGUGGUCCAAGAAUGGUAUGCGGCUUUUCUCCGGUGACAAGAAUGGUGUGAUUAUUAUGACAGAAAUUGACUUCUAUAUGCACCUUUGCAAAUCAAUGGAGAUAGUAAAUGAAGAGCACGAGAUAGUACAGAUGAGCUACUACCAGAACACGCUACUGGUGUCCAGUGUGUACCGCAGCAUCGUGUGCGAGCGCCGCGACAGUCGCUGGCACGUCACGCAGCUGGGCAAGAAGGAACGAAAGAGUCUAUGCGCGUUGGGUGCGGUAUUCCAAUACUCGUACGCGCGUGGCGGCGCGGCGGCCGCCUACUGCGCGCGCCCGGGCCUCAGGCUGUGGCGCGCCGAUGCCGCUGGACAUGUGCACCAGACCCUACUGUUCAAGGAAGCGAUAUCAAACCCGCUGACAGUAGCAGAACUGUUGAACCCCUCGCAGAAGAAGCACUCUCACAGCGAUCGGGAGUACAACUUCGGGCCGCUUUACGUGUUCCGGGAACACUUCCUCGUGUCGCACAACGAGCACAUCCUGUACAUACUGGACCCGCGCUCGCUCACCGCGGUGGCUGUGGUCGACGAUCUCAGGAGAAUCCUCUCAGUAUCGGUAAACAAGGAGGAGAUGUUUAUACUAGAGGGUGAGCGGUCUCUGGUCCGCCUCGCGCAUGCGCCCGAGCCCGCUGCGCUCGCUGCAGAUCAACCGAUAAACCUGAUGACAAAAUCCCUAACGACAUCCCUUCAACACGCGGUGAACACGGUCCGCGAUCUCACACACAUCGACCAAACGAUGCCCUACAUCACGAGCGUGCUAGAACAACCCAUAUCCAUGUUCACCCGAAACGAGACCCUAGACACGGGCACGAUACCCAAUGGAGAGGAAUGUUUCGAGCUACCCCCGAUAAAGCAUCUACCGCUCGAUAUAUCGGAUAACGUAUUAGAAUCGAUUAUAAACGAGUUUAGGGAUGUGUCGAGCGAUGUUGAGGAGAUUCGACGCGUGAAAUCGGAGGAGUUGCAAAAAAAACUGAAGUUGUAUAACAGUAUAAUGGAGAAGAAGUGCGAUGAAGAGUUGAUACACAGUAGGCGGAGCAGACGGAGGGAGGCCGGCUCGGGAGGGAACACGCCGCGGAUGUCGACGCCGGUGCGCAAGGCGGACAGCUUUAGCUAUACGAGCCCGUGUGUUAUGAGCAUCAGUGUGUGUGGAAACAUUCCACAAAAUGACGAUCUUCUAGAGAAACAAAUCGAAGAGAAAGAAAAGAUAUUAGCGAAAAUGCUCAACCUUGAAUCUCUAAGCAUCAAAAGCCCGAUAGAAAAAGAGCCAGAAAAAGAAGAACCCGACAAACUUUAUAAAACACAAUACACUGAAAUAACUGUGCCGAAAAAAGAAAAUACGCAAAUUGGAAAAAAUAUUGAAAAGGAAAUAAACUUGAGUAAAGAAGUACUGAUUAAAGAAAAACCAGUAAAAGAAACAUCCAAACCAGUUGUAAAAAAAGUUAUCAAUGACAAACCAGUACAAAAGAAAAUAGAAACCGGUGAUUUAGUUCCUAAAGUAGUCAAACUGCCCAAUACUUGGAAUUUAGAGAACAUAGAAAUAAAAUUGGACAUGAAAAAUGGUAUUAAGGACGUUUCUAAUCUAAUAUCGCCUGACGACGGCACGGAAGGGGAAUGGGAAUUUAUAUAAAGUCUAUUCACAUAGAAAAUUUCAACUAUAUAAUUUAACUGCCAAAAUUAAUAAUUAAUUAAUCGAUCCUGUCCACAUCGUAGGAAUGUCUUGCGCGAUUAUUAUUUUAGUUGAUUUAAAAAUAUUUAAACAAAUGAAUAUUUAAACAAACUCGAAUUACUCUAGAUUCUAGAAGUUUUUUCGCAGAAAUCAAGGAAUUCUAAAGCGACCAAUUAUAUUAGUAUUAUUUUAUUUUUUUUGAUUGCAGAAUAAAGUUGACUUUAUUACGAUUAUCUCGAAAAACACGAAAUAAAAUAGUUUGUUUAUAUAGUUGGAAAUCUCUAUACAUUAUGAAUUAUGAAUUAUGCUUAUGUAUUAUGAAUCACAUUUCGCUUUAAUCACACUUUAGAAUUAGGUGACAGGCAUCUUGUAUCGUAUUUAUAUUAUAUAUCAGUAUAAAUAGAAUAUAAUAUAAUAUUUAUGUAAAAUUUAGUGAGUAAAGUGACAAAAGAUCUCCAGGGGGUUAGGCAAGCGCGCUGACAUAGGCCACAUCAUUGCUUCUUAGGUUGAAAUCUAUAGAGAGCACUAUGGCUUUGCUUAGU